UGCGCUGCAUUUGUCCAAACACUCCAAUGAAUUGAUUCGAAUAGUUUUACGUAGACGAUUAGAUUUAGAUUUUAGUUAUGUUUUGAGUAAGUCUUCAAACAAAUCGCACAUCACUUUCGUUAGGUGGGCAGGGAUUUCGAAGGCCCUCUGGCCACUCCAGUUUAAAAUAAUGGUUGUCAAAACUGAUCAAGAAACCAAACUUCAUGCGGGGAUUCGUCUUAAUGACUUAUCUAUGGUUCGAGCUGCUCUCGACGAGGGUUUCGAUCCAAACGCACUUGGGCCGUAUGGAUGGACUUCUCUGCAUGAAGCUGCAAGUGUAGGAAGCUCUAAACUAGCCAUAACCCUCCUUAGGAACGGAGGAAACCCUAAUAUACAAGACGGAUUGGGGAAAAGUACGGCGCUUCACUUAGCGGCGAAAAAUGGACAUUUGAAAAUAAUUCAAGUUUUAUUGGACGGUGGCGCCAAGCUAAACCUGCGGAAUGUCGAAGGCAAGAUAGCAGAAGAUGUAGCUUUGGAUGAUGAGUGUAGACAAUAUCUUCAAAGGAAACGAACUGAGCUAUGCGUCAGGAAUGAACCUUCUGAGAGUUCCAGUGUACAUAAGCUUUAUGGUAGGAAAAGCCACAACUCUCUUUCCCAAGAGUCCUCUGUAGAUUCAUCACACUGGAACACAUCACACGCUGGCUAUUCCUCCACAUCCUCUGGUGAAAAUAUGGGUGGUAUUGGCCAAGGUUCCAUCAAAAUUGCAUUUGAAUACAACAGGAGAUAUGCAUCUUUGAAGAUUAAACUCCAGGAGAUCAAAGAUCUUAUGCUACCAACUGAUCAUAACUACAGCACCCUCUAUGUGAAAACCUACUUAUUGCCAGACAAGGAGAAGAAAACAAAGAGAAAGUCUGAAGAAAUUAAGAUAGAAAGUUCCUAUCAGGACUCCUUUUUAUCCCGUGGCAGUAGUGCCAGCUCUGACUGUAGUACUGAUAGCGAGGGCGGCAUGAAAAGCAGAAAAGUCUCAGAGAAGCUCAAAGCUGCAUUGAGGAAGAGACAUCUACCAACAACACUUCCCAACAGAUCAAAAACCACAUUCUUUGGUGGAAUCAGCACCCGUAUUGAUGAUAUGAUAGUCUAUGAUGGGCAUACGAUGCAUCAAUCUGACUUAGCAAAGUCUGUGAUUAGCCUUGCUGUGUGUGGUCAUAAUCGUUGGACAGGACAGGCCCAGACCAUUGGUAUGUUGAGCAUUCCGGUGGCAGUUGCAGUGAAGAAGUUACUCCCCCAGUGGUACCCCCUGAGCUACCAGAUUGUGAUUCCUGAGCCCCUCAACCCGCAAGAGAAAGUAUCACAGUUGAACAAGUCCUUUGAGUCUGAGAAAGGAGGGGCCUACACUGGACGGAGUCUUGCAUGGAACGGCAGUGUAUCAUCGUCCUCAUCCUGUGGUAUGAAAACCACUGUCACAAUUGUAUCUGAUGCAGCUGAGGGUAACCAGGCAUUGAGGGGAGGCAAGCCCCCCCUCCCCUCCGAGAGAAAGACACGAAAGCACUCAUCCAAAGCAGCCAAAUUCUUGAAAUCAGACAAAAUUUUCAAGGGAAGGCGUGCUAGCCAGAAAUCAUCAUCUUCAGAGUGUAUGUCUAUUGGUGGAGAUGAUAGCGGAGACUUUAGAAGCUCAGCAUCCAAUUUGAGCUGGGCGGAGCCAGACACUGUUUCAACGACUGAGAACAGCCCUCUAGAAUGGAGAACUGAGGCUGAAGUAUCUUCUCGUCCAGCGCUUAAGUACAGUCGCGCCUUUACUGGAGGUGCUCAGGUACCAAGGCGGGGCAUGUUGAGGGAACCUGAGAUGUCAGUAGAGGAGGUGGAAGAAGUGAGUCCGUUUGAAGUAUUGAAAUCCCCAGCAGUAGCAUCUCGCCAUUCACUUAUGGUGUCUUCCUAGCACUCUCACAUAGUGGUGGCUUAUUUUAUAAAUAACAAUUUUAAUAUUUGUUUUCAAGCAUUGUAGAUAUAUAUUGGUGUAAAUGUGGGUGUAAAUACUUACCAAAAUAACGUUUUUCCUGUUUUUAAUUGAGGUUAGAUUUUUUUUUCUUUUAGAUAUAAUAAUAUAAAUUGUAAGGUGAUCUUGGCUCACCAUCCAGCUCAUAGCUGUCAGAUAUAAUAAUAUAAAUUGUAAGGUGAUCUUGGCUCACCAUCCAGCUCAUAGCUGUCAGAUAUAAUAAUAUAAAUUGUAAGGUGAUCUUGGCUCACCAUCCAGCUCAUAGCUGUCAAGCGCCAUUUUCACAGCAGUUUUUUUUAGAAAAGUGUGUCCACUAAUAAAGAGAAGCAUUUGGGAUGUCUA